AUGCCCAAUGAUGACGGUUCUGCGGCCAGCACCAGGACGCUAUCUUGUCAGCAAUGUUACAAGCGCUUUACUCGUCCCGAGAAUCUGGCUCGGCACAUGAAGACACACGACUUGAUCCAAAAAUAUCGCUGCCAGACAUGUGGGAGGAAUUUCACGCGGAGCGAUCUCCGUAAGAAGCACGAGCUGUUACAUCAACGGCCUACGUCGGCGAGAGGUAUUUCGAAACCACACCAGCGGGGCCCAAGAGCUGCACCAACUUGCGGAGAGUCACUGUUGCCGCGGAACCAAAAUCCUAUUCCGGAUCCAUCACCUCUCGAUGGCCAAAGAGCUACCGGUACGAUGAUUGAGGAGAACUUGCCAGAUGCACGGCAACCAACAAACAUCGGGCUUCACACCGAGCUUGACGAGAUGCUUGUGCACAGUCCUUGGCCUAAGCCAGUAAGUCACUACGAGCCUUACUUUGACUACGCGACCUUCGCGAGGCCUUGGAACUACCACUUGGAUCAUACUGCAGACACCUCUGACUGGUUCUCAUCUCAAUUCUUCGCUGCGUUGCGUGAGACAGAUCUUGCGUGCAGCCCACUUUUCCAGACAUGGAAUAACACCGGCUAUGAACCUACAACCUUAGACAUUAUGGGAGCUUUGGACCGUGGCCACGAUAUGCUUCCGCCUAGUGUUACUGUGGACGAAGGCGCAAUCUCGCUUCAGACUGGUGAUGAUCUGUUACAGAGCUCGCAGGUCAGACCACGACCAAACGAACGCCCAGAAAGUCUCCCAGGCCGUGCCUCCCGUGUCGCUUCGCCUCCAAAUGAGUCUUCGCACGAGGAUAGGCUACCGUUUGCGUGGGACCCUCGAUCAAAACCAAUCGCAAGAGCGAAUCCAAUCGUGCUUCCUAUGAAUGACCCAAUCUUCGCAAGUAUCAAUCGGGCAGUAGAGAUCUCUCAAACUACACUCUCACGAGUUAGCGCAUUUUUGCGUCCUGCAAACCCUGUCAACGGCGAAGACAUUUUCACCAUGCCAGAGUUGCCUCUGGUAAACGUUUUCAUCAGUUUGUUCUUCGGCAAGUUCCUUCCUCAAGUACCAGUCCUACACAAACCAACGAUGAAAAUCGAAGCGUUUCCGCCGGCACUUUUGUCCAUCAUCAUUGUCAUUGGUUCCUGUUACAGCCGUCUACGCCAUACACGAAGGUUUGGUAUCAUUGUCUUCGAUCGCACCCGACAGAAUCUGUUGGCUUUGAUAGAAGAAGAUAAUAGUCUCAUGCGGGAUCCUCUGUCCAUCUACGCAGCUGCAUUGGUAUGCUACAUGGGCCUCUGGUGUGGCAACAAACGUGCGUUCGAACUUUCCGAGGCUCUCCGUGCUGUAGUGGUAACGUACAUCAGACGUCUACCAAACGACCAUAAUCAGCAGGUUCAGCCAUUCCAUGAGAUGCGCCACACCACCACUCGUGGGCAUACGAAUUCUGUACCACACCUGGCACGCUCGAACCCAUUGCAAUCACAGUGGUCAGGCUGGGCAACACAGGAGAGCCACAAAAGAUUACGUUGGUUUAUAUACAUGAUCGAUUCGCAGUUUCCAGCUAUUCUCGGCAUGAAUGGCAUGAUGACUACAGCAGACAUCAGGAAGUGGGAGUGUCCAUGCGACGAAGAGUUUUGGACGGUCGCAACUGCAAGGUCCUGGAAGAACAAAUUAGGCUCUGCUUCUGAGCCAUCCUGCCCUAUAUUCGGAUCUCUCACUGCUUUGCUUCUAUUGGCACCUGAACAACCAGUUGGAAACGAGUCCGUGGCGCUCCUACCCAGCGUAAACACAUGGAGCGCCAACCUACUCAUGACUGUGGCUAUGUCAGAGGUGUUCCACUUUCAAGAAACUCUCGUAGUCAUACGUACUUAUGAGGAGCCGGAAUGCUCGCAAUCGACAAUUUCAUCGAGUUCAUCGCAUAUGAGCUGUCAUGUGGCGCAUCUGCUUGGAAUGCUGGAGCUUUGGAAACACUCAUACGUUCUACCACACCAAACCCGUCGCCCAGACACCACUUCAUCCCAUUUGAAACACUGUUCUAUGAUCAUGUAUCACCUGGCACGGUUGUACUUGGUGUUUCCUAUCUCCGACAUCCAGGACUCUCUUGGGAGAUCUGGACCUGCAGACGCUGAAGCAGCCAGAACUAAAUUGUCCGCUUGGAUCCAUCAGUGCCCGGAACAAGCAGCGCGUGCUGUAGAAGACGCAGCGACAUGUAUAAGUCUCAUUAUGUGCAACGAGGGCGAAAGUGACCCGUACGAUGUGAUCGGUCUGUUCUUGUGUCACGUCGUCGUAUGGUCGUUCGCGCAUGCAGCAUCCGCCCAUCAGAAGGGUUUCAUCCUCCGGCAACUGCAGGAUAAACCGGGCGUGUCGCCCGCAGUCCUAGAAGUCAUCCAGGCCGGAUUCGCGCACGACGAUUCUACCGAUGACUCUGAAGUCGAUGCGCCUCAAUUGGUCUUCAGACACGCAAUUCAGUCUUUAGUGCAACUAGGAACAUGGGGUGCGUCAUCGAACCUGGCAUUGCUCCUGCAUUUACAUCCCGGGGCGGCCAGGUAA